CGCGGGUGUUUUCUUGGCUCAGGCCAUGCCAGCCCGACGCCCUUCGUCUCUUUCUUUUUUUCCCCUCCCAUUUUCUCUGUUCUUCUUUGUCUUUGUUUCGCUCGCUUUGCGCAUUCCCACUGCGUUGGAUAGACUCGGUCCAAUUUCCCCGAUAUCCGCCCCCUCGUGCCAGGAUGCUUCAUCGCCGCUGAUCCAACUGCUGUCGCUGGAUAACGGUAUAACCCCGGGCUCGCUAAAGUACCAUGCCGACCACUGCUGCAGCUGCCUCUGCUCAUCGGACUCCACCACCAUCCCGAUUCCAUGGCGAUCUGGAACGGGAGCACAGCGGGGAUGAGUCCUGGUCCGCAGUCGAUAGCGAUAAUGAUCGUGUUGCUCAGAACGGGUCGAGCAUCUAUCGUGCGCUGAAACGUAAACGACCCCUCACAGUGUCAUGCGAGCUAUGCAAGCAGAGAAAAGUCAAAUGCGAUCGAGCCCAGCCCAGCUGUGGGUGGUGUGCUCGCAAUGGUCAGCUGUGCGAGUAUAAGGAGCGGAAGAAGCCUGGUCUUCGCGCAGGUUAUGGCAAGGAGUUGGAACAAAGGCUAGAUCGCUUGGAGGAGGUCAUCCAGACACAGGCCCGCCUGAUCGAGACGCAUAUUCUCCAGAGCCAAUCUAGCAGGAGUAUUGACAUCUCUCAGCAAGGGCCAUUUUCAUACAGUUCCCCGUCAGAGCCAGCUCAGGCCCACAGCCCUCCUAAUGCAUUUUACUUCCAUGAACCACCCCCAGCCGCCCCAUUACCGCAUCAUCCUGAUCCGUCCAUCACCAGCCCUUCGGACAUCUCCGGAAAGAACACCAUACAUAGCCAACUUUCAAGUGUCAUGCCUGCGCCAGAUUCUGUACAACAAGCAUCAGAUAACCCGCCCCACAAUGAUUAUACAGGAAAUGAAUCGUCGCUCAAGGUUCCGGUCAAUCUCUAUGCCAAUCAGGAACAGUCACUUGCGGAUCCAGAGCUUGAUCUACCGCCGUAUGAUCUGCUGUAUGCGCUGGUGGACCUUUACUUCGAACACAUCAAUACUUGGUGUCCUGUUCUCCAUCGUCGCACCACCCUGGACACUUUUUUUGGCCCCUCUCCACUGGAAGAAGCGGAUAGGACGGUGCUCUACGCUAUAGUUGCGACCACACUUCGCUUUUCAAGUGACAGUCGGCUUAACGAACAGAACCGCAGACGGUAUCAUGACUCCUCAAAGCAGAAGGUACUGCUCUAUGGGCUCGAAAACUCAUCAGUCAAGGCUCUCCAAGCCCUGGUAAUUCUGGCCUUGGAUCUAGUGGGAUCGUCCAACGGUCCCCCGGGGUGGAAGCUGCUUGCACUGAUUACGCGGUCAGUGGUCCAGUUGGGACUUGCCGUUGAGGCAAAAUCUUCACUGAUCGCUCCUAGUUAUCCCUCCAUAUACACUCUCAGGGCGGUUACGCUCCCAGAGCCCGAAUCUUGGAUUGAAGAUGAGAGCAGGCGGAGGCUCUUCUGGAUGGUAUAUCUUCUGGACCGUUAUUCUACCAUUGCAACAGCCUUCGAUUUUGCCUUGGACGAUAAGGACAUUGACCGAAAGUUACCAUGUAAAGAUGAAUACUUUCUCAAAAGUCAGCCCGUUGAAACGAGAUGGUUUCAACGCUCCAGUGAUCGCGCUGACUACGUAAGCCGUGCCGAAAAUGUUGGAACGUUUGGCCUCUACGUCGAAGUGCUGGGCAUUCUUUCUCGGAUCCAUGCGUUUUUGAAGCGACCCGUUGAUAUAGGGGCUCUAUCGGACGUUGAGGAAUGGCAGGCUUCGUACCGUAAAUUAGACAGCGAGCUGACUUCUUGGGAAUUCGGCCUCCCAGCCGACUAUGCAUACGAAAACUCGUCCCGGUUGUUCAGUGGUUCGAAGCCCGCCAAGGGAAUCCAUUGCGACUGGGUUCAGCUCCAUGCCACUUAUCAAACUGCGGUUAUUCGGCUUCAUUCGUCAGCAGCAUACCCUACCACACGAUCUCCCAUUUUCACACCAUCUUACAGCGCAAGCCAGCGAUGCUUGCUUGCAGUGGACAAUAUCCUUUCCGUGACCCGUUUUGUCGUGGACAACAACAUGCUUGACAAGUUGGGACCACCAUUUGCCUUUACUCUCUGGGUUUCAGCUCGAUUGCUACUUGUCCACGGGUCUACUAUAGCCCAUACGGUUAGCCCCGAUAUACUCUUCUUUGUCGACACCCUUGCCCAGAUGGGGAAGUACUGGAAGGUAGCAGAACGCUACAGUUCAAUUCUGCAGCGUGUUCUCGACGAAUACGGGGAAUACCAGCAAUCCGGCGUAUCCGACUGCGAGCGAGCCACACCGUCCACUGUAAAAAUCCUUGCAGACAUGCGCCGGUGUGCAUUUGAUUUGGACUUUCUCAUCUCACGGCAGCCACGCACGUCCCCAGCUAGUAGCCAGCGGUCUGCGCCAGCGGCAGCGACAGUCAGAAAUCCGGCUCCCAAUGAACUCGAGUACCUCGACGUGUUCGGCUUCUUCAAUGUCCCGCGUGUUCCAGUCACCCGAGCUACUGACAUCCUCAGCCUGGACAUUAGCGACACAGUCAACAACCCCAUGUCAGUAAAUGGGUUGACCGGGGCUGGCAGCACGAAUCAUGUCGUUGAUGGUGCACACUCCAACACCAACGAAUUUAAUAUUACGAACUACCUGAUUCCGACUCCUGAGACUGAUUGGCUCUUUCGCCCUAGCGGAUGAAUGUGAUUGGGAUUUCUAUCCCUGUGUCUCUGAUAGACCCCAUAUCUCCAAAGUAGGGCAUGCUACACAGCCAGGGAGAGGUCGAGCACUUGUGUGGAGACGCCAUGUAUUAUCAAGACUGUCACAAGAUCUGCUAGCGGCCGGCACCUGGCGUCCACUUCGUCGGCAGAUACUAGCUUCAUCGAGAUACUCUCCGUGAGUGUGGAUGGCAUGGGGCUGUUGCGUCCUGGGGUUCUAACCUCAAGCGUUCAUACUUCAUGGUUUGCUUGAAAGCUGUCUCAUCCAACAAGAAACGAGACAAGGCUAGGUGACCCAGACAGUUUCAUCAUGUGAAGCCAUCUGAACAGAGCAUCACCCGCAUGCCUGUGAUUUUUUUGUACACCAGGUACAUAGUGUACAUUGAUAGACAAAGGAGCAACAAAUUACAUUACCCU